AUGACUCCUGCACGACCCCUGCCACCCCUGCUUCAAAGGGGAUUGUAUUGGACCGAUCUGGCCAUCCUGUUACACUUUCCCCCCACAUAUGCAGUUGUAUUUGUUUCUGGAAAUCCAAACAGAGUAACCAUCUCCCAUGCGAACACUGCCAACCAAUCGCUCAGAAAACCCUCAGCUAAAGAUCUAACACCUGCGCAGACCAGCGAUUUAUCUUCUGCUCAGUCAACACAUUCGUUGAUGCCUGAAAAACCAAUGGCGACUCCAGAAAUCAUUUCAUCCGGUCGACAGAAGCAUGGUCAGUUCACCCUUAAUAUCCAACAUCAGCCCCUCAUCUUGGGCGACCAAUCAGCUGUUUCAAUUCUCUUUAGCACCUUUGCUGUUGACCAACAAAGGAUCUGGGAGUGA